GCCUGCCCGAGGCUGCGACGCCGCCGCCGCUCGGGGCGGGUCGGCACGGACGGGGCAUGGCUCGGACGACACCCGGGGUCGGCGCCCCCCCGGGUAGACCGCGGCCCCUCUCCGGGCCUCAGUGCCCGUGUCCCCAAAUCGAGGCCGAGAGCACAGUUUAAGGGUACUGCCGCGCGUAAGUCCCUCGCGAACGCGUGGCUCGGUCGGCCUGACCGGGUCUGGGGUGCGAACGGGGCCGGCAGAGUCGCGGGGGUCGCCGCGAUGGACUCCCUGGCAGCGCCCCAGGACCGCCUGGUGGAGCAGCUGCUGUCGCCACGGACCCAGGCCCAGAGGCGGCUCAAGGAUAUUGACAAGCAGUACGUGGGCUUCGCCACUCUGCCCAACCAGGUGCAUCGCAAGUCGGUGAAGAAGGGCUUCGACUUUACGCUUAUGGUGGCCGGUGAGUCCGGCCUGGGGAAGUCCACACUGGUCCACAGUCUCUUCCUAACUGACUUGUACAAGGACCGGAAGCUGCUCAGUGCAGAGGAGCGCAUCAACCAGACGGUGGAGAUCCUAAAGCACACAGUGGACAUUGAGGAGAAGGGUGUCAAGUUAAAGCUCACCAUCGUGGACACGCCGGGAUUUGGGGAUGCUGUCAACAACUCUGAGUGCUGGAAGCCCAUCACUGACUACGUGGACCAGCAGUUUGAACAGUAUUUCCGUGAUGAGAGCGGCCUCAACCGCAAGAACAUCCAGGACAACCGAGUGCACUGCUGCCUGUACUUCAUCUCCCCCUUCGGGCACGGGCUGCGGCCAGUGGACGUGGGUUUCAUGAAGGCUUUGCACGAGAAGGUGAACAUCGUGCCCCUCAUCGCCAAAGCCGACUGUCUCGUCCCCAGUGAGAUCCGGAAGCUGAAGGAGCGGAUCCGGGAGGAGAUUGACAAGUUUGGCAUCCACGUGUACCAGUUUCCCGAGUGUGACUCAGACGAGGAUGAGGACUUCAAACAGCAGGACCGGGAACUGAAGGAAAGCGCGCCCUUCGCUGUUAUCGGCAGCAACACGGUGGUGGAGGCCAAGGGGCAGCGGGUCCGGGGGCGACUGUACCCCUGGGGGAUCGUGGAGGUGGAGAACCAGGCGCACUGCGACUUCGUGAAGCUGCGCAACAUGCUCAUCCGCACGCACAUGCACGACCUCAAGGACGUGACGUGUGACGUGCACUACGAGAACUACCGCGCACACUGCAUCCAGCAGAUGACCAGCAAACUGACCCAGGACAGCCGCAUGGAGAGCCCUAUCCCUAUCUUGCCGCUCCCCACCCCGGACGCUGAGACCGAGAAGCUCAUCAGGAUGAAGGACGAGGAGCUAAGGCGCAUGCAGGAGAUGCUGCAGAAGAUGAAGCAGCAAAUGCAAGACCAGUGACCCUGCCCCAGCCCCACGUUGCCAUGGAUAUACCGCCCGUCUCCGGGCUGGCGCUCCCGCCCCUGGACCCCGGGCUGGCCUGGACUCCACCCUGGGUUCUUCCGGAUCUCGGACUGGCCUGGACAGAAACCCAGACGGGCCUUAACUGGACUGUUCCUGACCCGGAGACGCGCUGUCCCUAAUUUAUUCUCAGCAUCAACCCCUCCCAGGUCAUUUGUAUGUACCUCUGACGGGCCUGGACAACGCCCUCCGCCCCCCGCUACCCACCCCCCAAGCUGGCACCCUCUCUCUGGCCUUGAGAAAUCAGGAGCUAAGCUGGUCACGACUUCUGAGAUCUCCCCUCCCCACCCACAGAAGAUAGCAGUAUCCAGGCCCUGCUCAGGCAGGCGGGUAAACCAAGGAAGAAGAGGGGAAUGGAUCCCCGGGGUCCCGGGCCUAUUCCCCGACCCCAGUGCCGCAGAGCGGAUUUGGGAACCUUCCUGUGCCCGUUCCUGGGGGCCACCCAGCGUAUGCUGAGACCCUGCUCUGUGCCGAGGUGGGCCGGGUCCUCUCUUACCUCCUCACCCACGCACCGGAGGCCCAGAGGACCGGGUUGGGCAGCAGAAGCAUUGGGCAUCCCCCUGACAUCAGGAGGCCAAAGGCUGCUGGCGAGGAGGGCGGGAAUGGACACUUGGGACCGCCCACGUCUCUCCCCCACAUGCCCCGGCUCUACUUGGAGGGUUCCAGGGGCAAUGGGCUGCCAGCCCUCUAUGCCUAGACAGCCAUUCCCUGUCUGUAGCUUGGGGUCCCUUCUCCCCAGCAGCACUGCUGCACCAGGAGCCCAGCCCUUGGCCUCCCGG